UUUGUAGCUACUGAAACCUGGCAUAUCUGAUGUGAAGCACUGCAAAGACAUGGUUGAUUUUGGAAAGUGGCCUUUAUUCACUUUGCUGUCACCCCAGGAGGUGUCCUCCAUCCGGCAAGCCUGUGUUUUUGGUACUUGUGCCAAUGAAGUUAUCUACACUACUGACAAUGAGGUAUUUGCGUUUGGGCAGAAUUGCAGUAAUUGUCUGGGAACUGGAGAUAAUCAAAGCACUAUGGUCCCAAGGAGGCUUGAUCUUCUCUGUGGCAAGAAGAUAAUUGGCAUUAGUUAUGGCAGUGGCCCUCAUGUCCUGGUCUGUACUGAAGAUGGAGAACUGUAUGCAUGGGGACAUAAUGGCUAUAAUCAGCUUGGAAACGGCAUUACAGUGCAGGGCGCAGCUCCAGUUCAGAUUGGUGUUGAACUGAUGGCAAGGAAGGUGGUGCAGGUGGCUUGUGGCUCUCAUCACUCUCUGGCCCUGUGCAUGGAUGGAGAGGUUUUUGGUUGGGGCUAUAACAAUUGUGGACAGGUCGGCACAGGGACCACUACAAACCAACCAGUUCCUCGGAAAGUGUCGUCUGCACAGCUGCAGAGCAAGGCGGUGGUUGCUGUUGCAGCUGGUCCAACUUCUUCCGUGGCUAUAACAGACAAUGGGCAGGUCUUUGGCUGGGGUUACAGUGGAACGGGCCAGCUUGGGCUGGGAAGUACUGGAAACCAGCUAUUACCUUGUCGAGUAGUCUUUGUCCAGCAAGUAUGUGUGGUGCAGAUUGUAUGUGGCUAUAGCCAUACUAUGGGCCUGACGGAUCAGGGCUAUCUCUACUCCUGGGGAGCAAACAUGAAUGGGCAACUUGGCAUUGGAAAUAAGAGCAACCAACUCUCUCCAGUGAAAGUAGACCUAAAUGAACGUAUUGUGGAGAUUGCAGCUUGCCACUCGUCCCAUACCUCUGCCGCCAAGUCUCAGAGUGGACAAAUCUACAUGUGGGGCCCAUGCCGUGGCCAGAUCAUCCUUUCUCCUCUGCUCACAAACUUUACUUCUACAGAUGACGUGUUUGCCUGUUUCUCAAAUCCACCUGUGAUGUGGCGAAUGCUUUCCAUAGAAGCUGAGGACUAUUUAACAGUCGCAGAGUCUCUGAGAAGGGAGUUCAAUAGUGAAGGAACAUCUGAUUUGAAAUUUAAAGUGGACGGGAAAGAUAUACAUGUUCACCGUGCAGUCUUGAAAAUACGAUGUGAGCACUUCCGCACCAUGUUCCAGUCUCACUGGAAUGAAAGCUCCAUGGAUGUUAUAGAAAUUGAUCAGUUUUCCUAUCCGGUGUACUUUGCCUUCCUCCAAUAUCUGUAUACAGACGCUGUGGACCUUCCGCCAGAAGAUGCCAUAGGUCUCUUAGAUCUUGCCACAUCGUACUGUGAAAAUAGACUAAAGAAGCUGUGUCAGCAUAUUAUUAAGAGAGGGAUCACUGUGGAGAACGCUUUCCUCUUAUUUUCUGCAGCAGUCCGCUAUGAGGCCCAGGAUUUGGAAGACUUCUGCUUCAAGUUUUGUGUAAGCCACUUGACAGGAGUGACACAGAGUGCAGCAUUUUGGCAAAUGGAUGGCACAUUGCUGAAAGACUUUAUUAUAAAGGCUGGUAAAAGUGGUGGCUUUAAGAACUGACCUUAAAGAUGCUGGAUAUUUUUCAUGUACUUGGCAUUUACAUACCCAUCUGGGACCGCUAGAAUUGCUAACCCGCUUAAGGAGAUGCACUGGGAAAGCUCCUGUGGCUCAUUUGAGCAGCCAUU